AUGGGCUUGUUAUCGCAUUGCCAAGAUUUUACAUCCAUUAAAAUUAAAUACGACGAGGGAUUUAUGAUGAUGCAAGGAGCCGAUAACACCACUUCCAUAGUCACCACCCCUGAACAAUACUGGACCGCAGCCGACGAACAACUAGUCAUUCCUACAGACUACAGUCUCUGUGUGGGGUUUGCUAUCCAAACCUGGGAGUUCAAGCUCUACAUUACUUGGUUUUUUGUCAGUUUGGCACUAUUUCCUGUCCUACAAUGGAAUUUCAGUCGGCCACAAUAUGAUAUCACUUACAAAGAAGUUAUUCCCGAGCUAGUUUAUGGCAUUGAGCUCUUUGCUAUUGGUACUAUUGGGAUCUUCACACAUAGUCGAUUCAAAAGACUUAUCAAGCAAACCCGAGACUCCUCAAACGCUCAAUCAGUUCUGGAAAAAAUCACCUACUUUUCAGAGUUAAAUCAGCUACUGACAGUGAUGCUUUUGAUCAGCGGAAGUGCUUUUAUUAUUUUGAGCACAGACCAUCUAACGGAAAGUCGUUACCUCAAUGUCCACAAGUUUAGUGCUGAUCUGUUGAUUUGCAUAGCGAACUUUACCGUUGUCAACGCCUGGUUUGUGAUGGUGCUCAUUUUUCAUCCCAAUCAGGAUUAUGGUGAACGAAACACCACUCAUGAUCCACACAGCUCCUACCUCUUCAGCCAUAAUCGAACUGGUCCGUCUGCAGUCAAUGCGAAUAGUGCCAACAUGUUGCGGUCACAGGAUGCUUCCAUUCAAGAGGCUACCAUUGGCACAGUUCUCCCCGACAAAAUGGAAGGUGCUAAGCCUAUGAGACCUAUAACACCACACAGCGUAAGCACAGCGCCAUCCACCAAACACACCCGAGACACAGAUAGUCCUUAUCAUAUGCACCGCAAAAACUCUGAGCAAGUCAGUAUGUCAUCGACAUCCACUCCUGGACUAACAUACUACUCGGAUACUCAACCUUUUGUGAAGGAUGCAAGUAUUGACAUCCCAGUCAGCAAAGACCUCCGUCCCACGCUCUCACAAGCAGCUGGAGUCCGGUUUGACGGUGCAAAGAAAUACCGCAAUGGAGAAAUGAUUGAAAUGUCUGAUAGUGUAGUCUAUCGCCAAGCUCAAGAAUGGGAACACGAAGCCGCUGCGCGGCUAGGAAGAAAUGAAUCACCUAACACUUGGCUACGCCAGGCUCCAAAGGCACCAGCAGAGAACUUUUAG